UAUUAUUAAAAGUCAGCGAUUUACGGUGCGACGUUUGUGUUUCCGCAUAGCUCGCGAUCCAUAUCGUAUCGCUCGCUUCCACGGGAUAGAUUCCGUUUCUGUCUCCGUCUCUGGAUCACGGUUGGAUCUAGCAUUAGACUGCUUUCUACACGUUUUGUAUCACGUGGAUUAGAAAAUUUGGGCUUGUUUCACAUAUUAUCGUUUUGGCUUUUUAUUGGUUUUUAUCUUGCCUAAAUGUUUCUUCACAGUCUCGAUCUGUGUCAUGAAAUGUUUCUUGAACUUUCUUCACACUCUCGAUCUGUGCACACAUUUUUUUGGUUGUUUUGUUUGUGUAUUUUUUAAUUUUUAUUUUGGCUAGUCAAGAGAAGAUGAUAAGAGAUUCCCUGGUACUUAAAACACGGUGUGCUAAUUAUCGCAAUUUAUCGGCAACAAAGAUUUCGCACGAGGACAAUUUAGUUACCGCCGUAAAAUUCGAAGCUUCUCAACUUGUGCUUUGUGAAAUUUCCACCUACGUGAACUCAUGGACAGAAUGUUUAGCCGUCUGUGCCGCUCUUCUACCAAAACAUUACUGCCGCAAUUUACCGUAUGUAAUACGAAAAGUUUCUGAUCGUGUGGAUUUAUGAUUUAUGUUCGGGAUCUGUGCUGCAGAUCUUAAUGCAAACUGUUUGGACCGCUUCCUUCGACAGGACAGCAGCAGCAACCGGCAACUCGUUAACAUUCUUGGAUGACAUUUACAUCAACGGUGCACCGAAUCCGCAUUUUUCCGCGGAAUUCUUGCUGCGACAGUACAUUACCGGCGCCAUUCCCCUGUACCGUUUGCCACCGAAAACCAUGCAGCAGAUCCGCGACGACGUCGAACAAGAACUUGCCAGACAGCGGGAGGCCAGGGACCGGCAUAACUUCCAGAAGCAGCUAGAGAAUGAGGCGACGAUUCAAAGCUAUUUGGAUGCCCAAGCCGCCGCCAAUGAAACCAACACGCCGCGGAUUCAGGAGAUACGCCGAGCAUUCCAGCUGCGUCGGAACGAGGCUCAGCGGCUGCAGAAUGCGGAAGCCCUGAAGUACCAACAGCCGGUCUCCACUGAAGACAGGCAACAGUUGGAAGCCGCUGACUUCCUUGGUAAUAUAAUGGCGCCAAAGCCUAUCGACCGUGAUCCCUGGGACAACGGUUGAUAUGGCAUGGUCUGGUGUGAAAAUACGUAAAUGUUGUGCAUGCAAGUGUCUUGGUUUUAUAUUUAUGUUCUAGUACUUAGUAUACUCAGUUUCAUGUACUUAUUGUCAGUAGGUUUUUGGUCUCAUUUUCUAAGCAAUUUGUGUGUUGUUUCAAUUGCUUGUUUGCUUCAGAAUUUUGCGGCAUUUAGUUAGUAAUAACUUUUCUUGA